ACAAGUUUCCUUCAAAUUUGUUUUGGUUAACUAUACAAAUAUUCUUCCAGAUGAAUUUUCUUGAUGCCAGACCACAGUUAAUCAGUUCGACAACAGAAAAAAUUGCCGCGGAUCAACCCAGCAAAUUUGGAACACAAAACCCAGGAUCUGCUCAUCGAAAUGUAUCCUAUAGAACCAAAGAAAGGAUACUGACCCAUAGAAGAAAAGACGGUUCCUUCGCUGGACUCUCCGAACAAGACAUCAUCUUCCCAGACUCCUUCGAGCUGAUCUUCGAACCUUUACCAAAGAUAGACGGCGCCCCUAAGUGCGCAGACGACAGCACAUUCUGUGAAAACAUCGACUCGUAUCCCUACCACCACCUCAAGGACGUGCUGCAGAAGAACACCCUGUACAAGGAGUUGUUUGGCACUGACGAAGCGCCGGUCGAGAUAUCCAACAGGGUUGGAGGGGAAGAUGACAGGUAUGUGUGUGGUGCUUUCGAGAGGACCAUAUUUCCUCAGGUGGGGAUGAAUAAGGAUAACAAAUGGAAAUUCAUUAUCAACCAAGGAGAGAAGGACGGUUUCGUACAAGGAAUUCGCAUAGAGACCUGUAGGAAGCCGGAUACACCGUGUGAUAUAAUCGGAGAUCUCCCUAAUGGCUACGUCACUUCCUGCAAGCAGAAAUACGUCUACAGAAGAUUGUUGGCUUUGAACGACACAGGAGCUCCAGUUCCGGAUUCUUUCAAGAUUCCCUCCUCCUGUUGCUGUUCCUACAAGAGGGACUUUGAUAUCCUCGCAAGAUUCGGGUCUGCCGUUAAAUCGUCGGGAAAGAAAAUCAAAAUGGAACAGACGUGAGGUCGGAGUGGAAUGCAUUAU